AUGAGUAAGCGGAUGAAUUUUUUACGCUCGAUCAUCGAUGCCUCAUCGAGCAGUUCGGUUGAUGGAUCGAACGAUAAUUCCGCGAAUCGCGACAGUGGAUAUCGAACGGGACAAUCGUCACUCGAAGAUCAGAAUGCCCCGCAGCUACCAGCAGCGGGUAUGGGACGCGGACGAGCCCAUGUAUUUGCCGCUCUUCUGGAACAACCGAAACCCACCGAUGGAAGUUUGCCGUUGGUUUCAGCCAUGCCAAAUUUGGCCAUCGGAGGCCGUGGACGAUUUUUGCAGAAGCUACUGAACGAAAGGCUUCCUUCUGCUGAACCGGAUCUAAGCAAAACUGCCGAAUCCGGGGGGGUAUCAUGUAGUUCGUCUGAGGUUGAUGCGUGUACAAUGCAGGAAACAUUGAACAAGUUCGAUCGAGCAGCAUCCCUACAAGUCUCAGAGAAGGAGGACACGUUUGUACUGCGUAAGGAGAAAGAACCAAAAGAGUAUGUCAGGCGUACCGGAACGAGUGGGGUACAAGUGCAAAUUAUAAGCAACUUUAUGGAGCUGAAAUGCGAAGAUAAUCGAGGAGUGUUUCUUUACUCGGUCGAUUUUGAACCAAACGUUGACUCGAAACGGGCCCGUCAACAAUGUGUGGACAGUCAUCGUAAUAUCUUCGGCAAGGCGUACACAUUCGAUGGACAUAUACUGUUGCUUCCGAAUGCACUGCCGCAGGAGAAAACAAUAAUUACGACAAAGACUUCAACGGAUCAUACGCCUGUGAAGAUGACGGUGUUAUUCCGAGUGAAGCAAAAAAUGCACCAAAACGUGCUGAUAUAUAACAAAAUAUUUCGGCGCAUUAUGCACAUUCUGCAGCUAUCCGAAAUGGGACGCAAGCACUACGAUCCCACGCAGUCACGCAUCGUCCCACAGCACAAACUGGAAAUUUGGCCGGGAUUUGUAACGGCGGUAGACGAGUAUGACGGAGGCUUAAUGUUAAAUCUCGAUGUGGCGCAUCGCGUUUUAAUGCAAACGACAGUGUACACACACAUCAAAACAAUCGCACAGUGCCGAGACGCGCAGUUUCAGGACAACGUGGUGAAGUCACUGAUAGGAUCAGUCGUUCUAACGCGUUACAAUAAUAAAACGUAUCGAAUCGAUGAUGUAUUGUUCGAUCUGAACCCACUCUGCACUUUCCGUUAUGGUGAUUGCGACAUCACGUACGUUGAGUACUACAAAAAACAAUAUGGAAUAGAGAUCAAAGAUCAUCAGCAGCCAAUGUUAUUAAAUCGCUCAGAACGGAAGCUUUCACACAAUGAAAAACCGCUCGAAAUAUCGUUGUGUUUAGUGCCGGAACUGUGCUACCUCACGGGACUAACCGAUGAAAUGCGCAAAGAUUAUAAGGUAAUGCGUGAUAUUGCCACCUACACACGCAUCACACCGAACCAACGCAUGCUGGCAAUACAAAAAUUUUGCGAGAACGUCAACAAAAACGACGCUGCACGCGAUCUGCUGGCUUCCUGGGGUUUAGAAUUGAAGAACACCUCUCGACCAAUGAAGGGACGCCAGCUGCAGGUGGAAAAAAUCACGUCUGGCGGUGGAACUGUAGGCAGUGCCGGUAACAACGUAGACUUCACUCGUCAAGUUACCAACAAUCCAAUGCUAGAGAUAGUCCACAUCCGGCAGUGGAUGCUUAUGUAUACGCAGCGUGAUGAGCGGUCCGCCACGAUGUUCAUGGAUUGCGUAAAGCGUACCUGUAAAUUGCUCGGUAUGGAAAUCGCUCAACCACAGAUCGAGGUGCUGCCGCAGGACGCAACACAGCUAUACAUUCAGGCACUACGUUCACAUAUCCGUCCCGGAACACAGAUUGUCGUAAUAAUCUGCCCAACGUCGCGCGACGAUCGAUACGCAGCAAUCAAACGUGUACUCUGCACGGAGGUACCAAUUCCAUCCCAAAUCAUAAACGCACGCACACUCGCCAAUGAUAAGCGCAAUCGGUCGAUCGUGCUGAAGAUUUUGCUGCAGAUGAAUUGCAAACUUGGCGGUACGCUUUGGAGCGUCAAUAUACCCUUGAAGGAAACGAUGAUUUGUGGCAUAGACAGCUAUCACGAGGCUACGAAACGCUCGAAAUCAGUAUCCGCGUUCGUCGGCUCACUGGAUUCUUCCUUCACGCAUUGGUACUCGCGGGCCACGAUUCAAGAACGCAAUGAAGAACUGCUGAACGGAAUGUGCGUUUCGCUCGAGAAGACGCUGCAGACUUACCGGCGUCGCAAUUGUACGCUCCCGCAGAAGAUAAUAAUUUUCCGCGAUGGCGUGAGUGAUUCGAUGAUGGAAGUCUCCGAGCAGUACGAGAUUCCUCAACUGGAAGCCGCCUGUAAGAAGCUUGCUCCGGAUUACGCGCCAAAGAUCACCUUCAUAGUGGUACAGAAGCGCGUUAUAACGCGCUUGUUUAGUAUGGCUGGAAGAGGCCCCGACGGGCUCGCAAAUGCUCCGCCCGGAAGUGUGAUGGACCACACGGUAACGCGCCGAAACAAAUACGAUUACUAUCUUGUCGCACAAACUGUCCAAAUGGGAACUGUUACUCCGACUCAUUACAUUGUGCUGCGAGACGACUCGCAAUUUUCUCCAGAUGUGCUGCAGCGGCUGAGCUACAAGAUGUGCUACAUGUACUACAACUGGCCCGGAACCAUUCGCGUUCCCGCGUGCUGUCAGUAUGCACAUAAACUGGCUUAUCUUGUUGGACAAUCGGUGAAGCGAAUGCCCGCUGAAUCAUUGAACGACAAACUGUUCUACCUUUAG